AUGGAUAAAGAUAUGUCGUAUGCUGUUGAAGAAGCGUUUAUUCGAAUGCAUGAAAAAAACGUUCAUCGUUCAACACGAAUAGUUAAUUGGUCAUGUACACUUAAAUCGACUAUAUCUGAUAUUGAAGUUGAGAAAACUGAAUUAAAAGGUCGAACAUUAAUACCUGCUCCUGGUUAUGAUGAACCAGUUGAAUUUGGUGUUUUAACCUAUUUUGCUUAUCUAGUUGAAAAUUCAAAAGAAGAAAUUGUCGUUGCAACAAGUCGUCUUGAAACUAUGCUUGGUGGUACAGCUGCUGCUGUUCAUCCCGAUGAUGAUCGUUAUAAAGAUUUACAUGGUAAAUAUGUUCAACAUCCAUUUCUUCAACGUCGUUUACCAAUAUUAGCUAAUACAAUGGUUGAUUCAGCAUGUGGUUCGGAUGCCGUUAAAGUUAUACCAACACAUGAUCCAAAUGAUUUUGAAUAUGGACGUCAACUUAAUUUACAAUUUAUAACAUGUAUUAAUGAUGAUGGUUUAAUGUCAUCUGAAUGUGGACGAUAUAGUGGUAAACUACGAUUUCAUGUUCGACGUCCAUUAUUACAUGAUUUAAAAGAACGUAGACUUUUUCGUGAUUCAAAAGAAAGUGAAAUGAUUUUACCAAUAUGUAGCCUAAGUAAAAGUAUUAUUGAACUGUUACUUAAACCACAAUGUUCCGACGAUAUUCCCCCUGAAAAUGAAACUGAUGAUCACAAUUGGAUUAGUGCUCAUACAUAUGAAGAAGCACUUGAUAAAGCUGAACAAAGAUUAAAUAUUUCAAAAUAUAAAACUCGAUUAACACAAGAUGAAGAUGUACUUGAGGCAUGGUUUUCAUCAAGUCUUUUACCAUUUUCAUCAUUUGUCGAAGCAGGUCAUGAUAUACUUUUUUCUUGGAUUGCACCAAUGGUAAUGAUGUCAUUAGAAUUAACUGGUCGUUUACCAUUUACAGAAGUUUAUUUACAGUCAAUUAUUCGUGAUGCAGAUGCAUGUAAAAUGUCACAAACAUUACGGGAUGUUAUUAAUCCACUUGAUCUCAUCCAUGAUAUAUCAUUAGAAAAGCUUCAAAAACGAUGCAAAAGUUCAAAUGAAGCCUAUCCAGAUAGUAUUCCUGAAUAUGGAACUGAUAUAUUACGUUUUGCUAUUUGCGAUUAUGUUUCUGAAGGUCAAUAUAUUAACUUGAAUAAAUUUCAUGUUGAACGUUCUCGAGAUUUUUGUAAUAAUCGUUGGAAUGUUAUUCGAUUUGCCAUGUCGAAAAAUUUAGAUAUUAAUGAUUCAAAUUGUUUUCAACCACCAACAGAAUUUGAACUUACUGUAACGGAAACACCAUGUGAUUUGUGGAUAUUAAGUCGGUUAAGUUAUGCUAUUGAACAAUGUGAAAGUGGUUUUAAAAGGUAUCAAUUUCCUCAAAUAGCAACAGCUAUUUAUAAUUUUUGGUUUCCAGAAUUAGAUGAUAUUUAUAUUCAAUAUGUGAAAAAAGAUUUUUAUCCAGAAAAACCAAAAUGUAUAUGUCUGUUAUCUGCCUUCACUGACGAUUCAUCAUAG